GCCUGUUUGACGUCUUGCCUUUCUGAUUACCACGCCACCAUCUGCAGCAUUAGCCCUUCCUCUCCCAAUAGUGUAACCUUCCUACCUUAUCUCUCUCUCUCUCUCUCUCUCUCUCUCUCUCUCUCUCUCUCUCUCUCUCUCUCUCUCUCUCUCUCUCUCUCUCUCUCUCUCUCUCUCUCUGUGUCCCAGCAAGAUACAAGAGUAGUUUAUCUGAUUUUUUCUUCCCCUGCCUCAUUCCUACAUCCUUUUGCUAACACAAAAUUGCAGUUGAUUUGACCUAACUUGUCUUGUCUUGUCUCCUCUCCUCCACUCUCCACGUAGAUGACUCUGCCUGUCGUUGAAUCUAUCACUAGAUACUCAGCCUUUGAGGAGUCUAGCUAUUGGUGCCACUUGGGGAAUCAGUUCGUACAGUUGAGGACACUUCAUUUCUCUAUUACUCCUGCUCUUGCCAUGGGAAGAAUGGAAAUAUUGGAUAGAGGGCUGAUUCACUUCCAUUUCCACUUGUUUUGGAAGCAUGAGUAGCCACUAUUGUAUUUGAGGAACUAAAGAACUUGUCAAAUUUGCUGGUAGACAGACAUUCCAUCCCCCUCACCUGUUAGAUCUUCCCUUGCCCUCUUUGACCUGAUCUGUGGAUGGGAAUAUGAUUAGCACCUCGAACUCUCAGAUUAAACCUUGAGGAACUAGAGUCACACACCUCACAAGAGUUAUGUUGCAACUUUUCCUGGAACUGGCAAGGUGGGGAGUCCUGGCCAAUGUGGUGAUGAUGCGUAACACUGUGAGGCGCGGCAUGGACGGAGGCAGCGGUUCUGUACUUCACGUCACGUCACGCGGCCUCAUUGGGUCCCAGUUAGUGAGUCAAUGUGUGGGCCUCCCUUAUUGCCGCGUCUCAGCGCCCGCGUACCGAACACACUCGCGUUGAUGGGUUUUGUGGCCCGUGUGAAGACCUGUGGAGGUUGAUAGAGGGUCUGCGCCCUAGACCCGUGAGGCUCCACCCCCCGUUGAGCCAGGCUUGUGCCCCCAGUCGCCAAGUCUUGCUCAACACACGGCAGCGCUGGCAGAAUUAUUCAGUCCUCAGGGAGACAAGUGAAAGUUUUGUGCCAAGGGAAGAUUGAGGGUGUUUUGUUCAGCAUUCAAGUGUUCAGUGUGCCUUUCGGUGCACCCAGUUUUGUCGCUCGAACUUGUCCGAGCCUCAUCCCAGAGGGCUGGAGGGUUGCGUCACACAUGUUUGCUUUCUAGCAUUGCAGCAGUUUUUUUUUUAAUAUAUAUCACUGAUUGGCUCCGACCUUACUCAGUUCCAAAGAACAAGUUUUGUUUUGCUGCUUUGUCACAUUGGUCUGUGCGGCAGAGACUGGGCACAGAAGUUCCUCGAGGUUCCCGCCAUUCAUAUCAUUUCAUCUCAGACUUUGUCAAUAGUUCCCCUUAAUCCGUGAAAAUAGAGAUGCAGAUUUGUAUCUUGAGUUUCUGAACUGUGAAGAAAUUGACCUUGAUGCUUGGGAUUUCCUGUUAAAUGUUUUCACCAUUCUUGUCCUCGGCCACGAGUCCUGAUUCCUGUGCUAGAUUGCUGUCUUGGGGACCAUCUGUUCCUCAGAGUAACAGUUAACAAGAGACGGCACCCUUUGAGUCCAGCUUUUGAGAUGUCAAGGCUGCAUUGUUGCCCCAAGACUCACUAAGGUCAAGACGAGGUAAACAAACACUGCUUACCGUCGAGAAACCCCAAGCAUCCUGGUGUAGAACCGUGACCAGAGUUCUUACUGCCAGACACACUAAUUACCUUUGUUUUUACUUUUCUUCCCUUGGUCGUAUUAGAUGUUGAGGCUGUACAGCCCUACUCCUCUCCAGAGGUCGUCUUGAAUGAAGAAGCCUCCUUCGUAAUUCGUGGACACUUAAGAUGUAGGUGGACCUGCCAGGAUGCGCCUCUUAAGGGCGUGUUACCUCAAGGCCAUCGAGACCAGGCCGGACUUUGCUGUGGCCUGGAGCAACCUGGGAUGUGUGUUCAAUGCGCAGGGGGAGAUCUGGCUGGCCAUACACCACUUUGAGAAGGCCGUGGCUCUCGACCCAAACUUCCUGGAUGCCUAUAUCAACCUUGGCAAUGUGCUGAAGGAGGCACGCAUUUUUGACAGGGCCGUUGCAGCUUACCUCCGAGCCCUGAAUUUGUCCCCUAACCAUGCCGUCGUCCAUGGAAACCUUGCCUGUGUCUAUUAUGAGCAAGGCCUCAUUGACCUUGCCAUUGACACGUAUCGGCGAGCCAUCGAGCUGCAGCCAAACUUCCCAGAUGCUUAUUGCAACUUGGCUAAUGCUCUUAAGGAGAAGGGGCAGGUGAGUGUCAGCGAGGCAGAGGAGUGCUACAACACAGCACUGCGACUCUGCCCAACACACGCUGACUCCCUCAACAACCUGGCUAAUAUUAAGAGAGAGCAGGGUUACACAGAGGAUGCAACCCGUCUGUACCUCAAGGCUCUGGAGGUGUUCCCAGAGUUUGCUGCCGCACACUCCAACCUUGCCUCCAUCCUCCAGCAGCAGGGGAAGCUCAAUGAAGCCCUCAUGCACUAUAAGGAAGCCAUCCGCAUUCAGCCAACGUUUGCUGAUGCCUACAGUAACAUGGGCAACACACUGAAGGAGAUGCAAGACAUUCAGGGGGCCCUCCAGUGCUACACUCGUGCCAUCCAGAUCAACCCAGCCUUUGCAGAUGCUCACUCCAACCUUGCCUCCAUCCAUAAGGACUCUGGCAACAUACCAGAGGCCAUCCAGUCUUACCGAACGGCUCUCAAGCUGAAGCCAGACUUCCCUGAUGCCUAUUGCAACCUCGCCCACUGCCUGCAAAUAGUGUGCGACUGGACAGACUACGACGCACGCAUGAAGAAGCUGGUGGCCAUCGUUGGGGAGCAGCUGGAAAGGAACCGCUUGCCCUCAGUGCACCCACACCACUCCAUGCUGUACCCGCUGUCCCAUGAGUACCGCAGGGCCAUCGCCAACCGCCACGCCAACCUCUGCAUGGAGAAGAUCAAUGUGCUCCACAAGCAGCCGUACAAGUACCCCACAGAGGUGAACCCCGGAGGUCGGCUGAGGGUGGGCUAUGUGUCCUCAGAUUUCGGCAACCACCCGACCUCCCACCUCAUGCAGAGUAUUCCUGGCAUGCAUGACAGGGCCAAUGUGGAAAUAUUCUGCUAUGCUCUCAGCCCUGAUGAUGGCACCACCUUCAGGAGUAAGAUUGCCCGAGAGGCAGAGCACUUCAUUGACCUCUCCCAGAUCCCCUGCAAUGGGAAGGCCGCUGAUCGCAUCAACCAGGACGGCAUCCACAUCCUGGUCAACAUGAAUGGCUACACCAAGGGAGCUCGCAACGAAAUAUUUGCCCUGCGCCCCGCCCCCAUUCAGGUGAUGUGGUUAGGCUACCCUGGGACCAGCGGUGCACCCUUCAUGGACUACCUCAUCACUGACCGCAUCACGUCCCCGUUGCGAGUGGCCACACAGUACAGUGAGAAGCUCGCCUACAUGCCCGACACCUUCUUUGUGGGCGAUCACAGGAAUAUGUUCCCUCACCUGCAGGAACGUGUGCUGCUGGAGUCUGUGGACAACCCUAAGCUGCUGAACAGUGACAAUUUCAAGGACAAUGUGGCGCUCAUCAACACCACAGACCUGAACCCGGUGAUUGAGAGUGCUGAGGUGCUCACCGUGAAGGAGGUGGUGAAGCCCGCCACCACCAAGGAGUCUGUGGAGGUGGCUGUCACUGUGGCCCAGCUCCCCUCCACCGCUCCCAUUGAGUCCAUGAUCCAGACAGGCCAGGCGCAGGCCACUGUGAAUGGGCUGCUGGUACAGAAUGGCCUGGCCACCACACAGAUGAACAACAAGGCUGCCACCGGGGAGGAACCACCCAAAAACAUUCUUAUCACCACAAGGAAGCAGUAUGGCCUGCCGGAGGAUGCCGUCAUCUACUGCAACUUCAACCAGCUGUACAAGAUUGACCCUUCAACCCUGCAGAUGUGGUGUAACAUCUUGAAGCGCGUGCCAAAGUCUGUGGUGUGGCUGCUGCGUUUCCCAGCCCACGGAGAGACCAACAUCCUGGCCCAGGCACAGCAGCUGGGUGUAGGUCCCGGCCGCAUCAUCUUCUCCAACGUGGCUGCCAAGGAGGAGCAUGUGCGCCGUGGCCAGCUUGCCGACGUGUGCCUGGACACCCCACUGUGUAACGGACACACUACUGGCAUGGAUGUGCUGUGGGCAGGCACCCCAAUGAUUACCCUGUCAGGGGAGACGCUGGCCUCCCGCGUGGCCGCCUCACAGCUGCACUGCCUAGGCACGCCAGAGCUGGUGGCCACCACACGCCAGGAGUACGAGGACAUUGCCUGCAAGCUUGGCAAUGACCGGGAGUAUCUGAAGGCGAUGCGAGCCAAGGUGUGGAAGGCACGGACAGAGUCGCCUCUCUUUGACUGCAGGACCUAUGCUCACAACCUGGAGCUCCUGUUUAAGCGCAUGUGGGAGAAACAUUCAACGGGACACAAGGCCGACCACAUCACUGAGUGGUAAACGCAUCCCCCUCAGCAACCUGCCCAGCGAAGGCCAUCCCAGAAUAUUUAUUGACACGUUUGGCUGUUCGGCUGUAUGUUUGUCGCAUCUCCUUUCCUCUUUUGAUUGUUUAUUUUUUAUUUUGUUUAUUUAUUUAUUUUUUUUGCUCUGCAUCUGAGAUAUUUGGAGGAGUUUUUAUUUUUGGGUGUUUGCCGGAGUGGAGUCUUAGAAAUAUAUUUUUUAGUGUUUGAAAGGAUUUUUGUGAAGUGUGUGUGUGUCAGAGGGAGUGAGUGAAGGAGAGAAAUGACAGUAAGCUUUUUUUGUCACAAUCCACACCAUAAUUGUUUGUUUGUCAUUAUCUGUUCUGUGUUGGCCAGAAGGAAACUUAAAUAGCCAUUGAGUACACACACACACAUACAGACACUCGCACACAUAUACACACACACACAAACUGUAUUCCUGUGUUACAAUAUUCCUGUUCUUAACUUAUUUUUUUAUAUAUUGGAAGAGUUGCAGGAGGUACAGUAUUUCACUUCUUGGGUCAUUAUGUUUAUUUAAUUUUUUUUUAUAAGGAAGAGAAGGAGGAGGAGAGAAUGAAAGAAUAUGCUGGCAUGAAGAGCAGCAUAUUAGUGUAAAUAGUUGAGUUUUCUUAGGUUAGAUCAUCCAAAGGCUCAGGAGUUUUUGUUUAAUGUUAAUAUCUUAGAGCACAGUUAGCCAGAAAGGAUGGCACGAUUUAUAAAAUGUAUAAUAUUGACAUGCUCUGAGAAAACUAGAAAGGAUAAUGAUGAGUGGAUUUCCUGUUUUUCCCCAGUUAUCAUUAUUAUUUCACCUAUAAGGAGCUGUGGAGGAGAGGAGGAGGAGGAGGAGGACGAGAUAUGAUCCUCCCAAAAUGCUUCUUAGCUCAUUGUAAAUAUUAGAUUCAAAGUGUCAGUCAAUGCAGGUAUUUCAACAAGUUGUCGUAUAUAUAGAGAAUUUUUAUCACCCCAGGAUGUCUGAUAAAAAUGUUUGGUUCACCUGCUGCGGUGAUAAAAGACAGGUUAUGCUGGGCUGUUUGAAGUGUCCAAGCGGGUGGGCUGACAGGGAGUGGUGUGUUGAGACUAACACUCACCCACGCCCAGUCUAAUACAGUCAGCCCACCUAGUAAUUGACGGAACAAGUAAUCAAAUUAAUUUUGUUUAUUUUGCAUUGGAGUGUAGCACAGAUUUGAUUACUACUAUUACUACUACUACUACUACUACUAUUACCACUAUCUACAAUAAUGUGAGUGAUUUUUCUCAAGUUCAUGAGUUCCUGUGUGUGAGAGAGGCAUGGUGACUAGUUUGGUGACCUGACCUGCCCAGAGAUGACCUACCCGGCUAGCUAUCUUGUGUCUCCAAAUACUCACACUGGUACUGAGACCAGGAGGGGAACACUUUGAAGAUAUAUUUUUUUGACUGUUUUUUUAAUGAUCUUGGUGUAGAAGGAGAGAGAGAGGAAGGUGGAGCUGUGAGGCAGGCUGGCAGUGUGUGUGUGUGUGUGUCCUGCAGCCUGCUUGUUCUGCUGGCCUUCUCCCUAAUCUGUGUACACUCUGCUUGCAGGAAAUAAAAAAAUGUCAAGGCUU